UAUUUUGUCUGUUCAGAUCGUGUCGUAUCAGGAAAAUUAUGCCUGUGUGUCAGUCCUGUUGGUUUGUUUUUCAGCCUCAAAACACAGUUACUGUGCCACUGGUUUGGGUUAAUAUGUCGUACAGCGUCCGUAACAACGCCCUGUGCUGUGGGCAUUGAAGAUUCCCGGCGUCUGUCUGUUAUCGCGGUUGAGCGGGGGCGUUAGUUCUCACACAGCUGAUGCAGUCUUACAAGUGUUGAAUUUUACUACCAUCCCGUAGCAACAGUCAAACAACGACGAGGCUACGGGUUCGGCUGCGAUUAACCGAAAGGUGGCUUUCUGUCCUCUGAAAACGAGGGCUAAGGAAAAGCAAGUCCUUCGUACUUGUUGAUGUGCGGGAUACGCCGAGCAAUGCACUGAAGCUGGAAGCCGUUGGCUUUCCGUGGUUUUGUAGCGCGAGACUCGAUGAACAGUGGCAUGAUGUGGCUGCGCUUCGAUGUGUCUUGGCUACCUUAAUCGUUUCUUUCCGGUUACGUUCCGUUUGUUUUCCUGUUGAUUAGUUAGUGAAAACGCAGAAAAACCUUCUUUUUUCUUCCGGUCGUGGGAGCGUCCUAAGUUUAUUUAUUUGCGUGCUGCUGUCACACGGGGUAGACGUCAUCUUCACAAGACCCGGGUCAGCUUUGGUUACAUUUUUUCCCCAAAUCGGUCUACAAUUGCUGUAUUUUGGUUAUCGGAAAAAAAGGAGAAAUGUAUGUAUUUUCCAGAUCUGUGUGAUGUCGUCCACAGAGUGGAACACAAUGGAGUACAAAAAGGAAGAUAUUUUGAAUUAGCGACUAAGAUCUAUCAGGAGAAGUUUUUUUUUUUUUUCGGAAAUAAGCGGUAGCCUAUUACCUGAUGCCGAGUUCUUAAAUAUCGGUGUAGUAGGUUACUCACAAUUUUACUCAACUCCUCAAAACGAUGAGCGCUGCUAGGAGAAACGAAGGUUCGGUAGAAAUCAUCCAUUUUAGGAAAAGUGUCGCGGAUUGCUUAUAAACUUGAGGAAUAUGUGAGCAGAAACAUUGCAAUCGCGCAGCCCCACCUGGGAGUCGGGCGGACGUCCUUCACGAGUAAUAAUUACAAGAAAAUCGCUUUCGUUUGUUUUGGUUCCUGAUUGCACACUCAGGGAUGAGAAUCGCUGUCCAGCCUGCCGAGUUCUGCAAUUCCGAUCUUCAAUAAAAAGAAGAAAAUAAAAGAAGAAUGGGAGAAACAAGUACCAAAUUGAUUUUUGUUUAAGACUGGAUUGUGGCUUUAACAGAAUUUAGGCAUUUGCCGUGAACUGGACUCCGAGUAAGCUUCAAUUGGAUCUGGCAAAUAAAUAUGACGGUAUGACUAAUUAUUCGUUUUCCCAAUAUUCGUAAGUUUGGGUUAACACAAGGGGUGUUUCCCUUGGAAAUCUGAUAACGGUGUAAUAUUUUGUAGUAUUAUUGACGGCGUUGUGUGUAUGCUCAUUUUUUUAAACCAUGAUGAUACAUCGCUUCUCGUGCCGACGAAAAUGUAGUUAUUGGACUUGCUCGAAAUAUAUCUAUUUGCGUUACUGACAAGGCAAGGACCUUUUAGCCAGAACAAUGGGACUGUAGUAAGGAAUCGGGACACAAAAGGUGACAGUUUGUGUAGUCCGCGCUUCGCGUGCGGAGGUGAACAGUGCUAUCCUGAGACAUGGCAGCGGCUAUCGCCAGCGGUUUGAUCCGCCAGAAGAGACAGGCUCGAGAGCAGCACGUAGACCGGCCCUCAACCCACCGGAGGAGGAAGAGCCCCAGCAAGAACAAGGGUCUGUGCAACGGGAACCUGGUCGAUAUCUUCUCCAAAGUGAGAAUCUUCGGCCUCAGGAAGAGAAGACUACGGAGACAAGAUCCCCAGCUCAAGGGCAUAGUGACCAGGUUAUAUUGCAGGCAGGGAUACUACUUGCAAAUGAACCCAGAUGGAUCUCUCGAUGGAACCAAGGAUGACAGCAGUAAUUCUUCUUUGUUCAACCUCAUCCCUGUGGGCCUUCGAGUCGUCGCCAUUCAGUCCGUGAAGACGGGGCUGUACAUCGCCAUGAACGGAGAGGGGCAUCUGUACACGUCGGAGCUGUUCACGGCGGAGUGCAAGUUCAAAGAGUCGGUGUUCGAGAACUACUACGUGAUCUACUCGUCCAUGCUGUACCGGCAGCAGGAGUCGGGCCGGGCCUGGUUCCUGGGCCUCAACAAGGAGGGCCAAGCCAUGAAGGGGAACCGCGUGAAGAAAACCAAACCAGCUGCUCACUUCCUGCCCAAGCCAUUAGAAGUCGCCAUGUACAGAGAGCCGUCGUUGCACGAUGUGGGGGAGACGGUCCCGAAGGCGGGGGCGCCGCCCAGCAAAAGCACAGCCGAGCCGGCGGUGAUGAACGGAGGGAAGCCCGUCAGCAAACCCGCCAAGACCACAUAGCCCCGCCCUCCCCGGAGCCCCGCCCACUCUGGAGAGCUUGCUUCCUCCUGGCCCAGACUCAAACCCUCUCCUCCUCCUCCUCCUCUCUCUCUCUCUCUCUCUCUCCCUCUCUCUCUUUUCCUCUCACGUCUGUGGAUCAGGUUUUUGGGCGACUCUUUCCCCUUUCUUCGUCUCCUCCUCCUCCUCCUCCUCCUCCCCGGCUCCUCCUCUUUCUCCUCCUCUUUUGCCGCGUCGUCACGAGCGGAUAGGCCCGCCACGUGCGGUCGACCAAAAAAGAAAAACAAAACAAAACAAAAACAAAACAAAAC